AUGCCGAUUGAAUCGCGCUUCUCAGUCUCAGUCCCCAACUGCUCUAUACAACAAUGGAUCUUUGGUUCAUCUUCUGGCCCUCUGCCAGACAAGAAAGCCUUUAUCGAUGCUGACCAUCCUAAAGAUUGCUACUUCACCUACGAUCAAGCUCGAUUACUUGCAAAGCGCAUCGCUGUUGGUCUAAUCGAUAAUGGCCUGAAACCAGGGGAUCGUGUUCUUCUCUUUACCCCUAACAGCAUCUUCUUCCCAACUAUUGUGAUGGGCAUAUGGAUGGCUGGAGGUAUCUUCACUGGCGCAAAUCCUGGCUAUAUCGCCCGUGAACUGGCUCAUCAACUCAGGGAUAGUGAAGCAUCUUUCAUGAUCUCUGCACACGGUGUCUUGAAGGUAGCACUGGAUGCAUCUUCGCAAGUUGGUAUGAAGCCUUCUCAAGUCUUUGUGCUUGAUUCGACAUGGCCAGAUUCUGCUAUCGAGAUGCAGCCCUCUGAAGGGACCAGACAUUGGACGGAGCUUAUUGUGGCCAAGUCAAGGGGUGAGAGCUUUGAGUGGAUGGAGCCAGAAGAUUCCAAGAGUUCAAUCUGCAGUAUAAACUACAGUUCGGGUACUACUGGGAUACCCAAGGGUGUGGAAAUAUCACACUACAAUCAUGUCGCCAAUAGUCGUGGAGUUACACUUUUCCAUCAACUUCAUCCGGACUUCGAGGCUCGACGAAACCAUGCCGCUGCUCUAUGUUUCCUUCCCAUGUAUCAUGCCUUUAGUCAAGGCUACUUUAUCACAAGUUUUCCAUAUGAGCGAGUUCCAGUCUACAUCAUGCCUUCUUUCGAGUUUCCCAAAAUCCUCACUCACAUCGAGACCUUUCGAAUCACAAAACUUCUAGCCGUUCCUCCUAUUCUAGUCCUCAUUUCAAAACACCCACUUGCACGCAAUGCGGACCUCAGCAGCAUCGACAUGAUUGCGUCUGGUGCUGCUCCAUUGGCGAGGGAUACACAACGCGAGAUAGCGGGCAUGAUACCCUUGGGCGAAGCUGUUGUCCGGCAAGGUUGGGGUAUGACCGAGGCAACUUGUACCGCGCUGUCGUGGGACCCUAAUAAGGCCCCGAGUUCUGCGGCUGGCGAAUUGACGCCGGACUCUCAAGCUAGACUGGUCGACAUCGAAACUGGAGACGAAAUUGAAACUGCAAACACUCCUGGGGAGCUAUGGAUCACGGGUCCUACGGUGACGCGUGGCUACUGGCGCAAUACUACCGCGACCCAAGAUGCCUUUGUCAUUGACACAGACGGUACUCAGUGGCUUCGCACAGGAGACGUCGCUUAUGUGGAAGAGUAUGCAAAGGGGGCUCUUUUUCAUAUUGUGGAUCGUGUCAAAGAAUUGAUCAAGGUCAAAGGACUGCAGGUUGCUCCGGCUGAGCUCGAAUCUCUUCUUCUUGAAAGAGAAGAUGUUGCCGAUGCCGCCGUUGUAGGGGUCAUCAUCAACGGGGAGGAGCUUCCACGCGCAUAUGUCGUUAAAACGCCAAACGGAAAGAACACAUCGGAAGAAGACGUUGCAGACUGGCUAGCGAGUCGUGUUGCCAAAUACAAGCAACUUAAGGGCGGCGUGGUAUUUGUUGACGCUAUCCCUAAAGUUCCGUCAGGCAAGAUCUUGAGAAAGGUGCUUCGUGAGCGAGCAAAGCGCGAAGUUAGCAACGGCCUUGAGAUGCGUGCCAAGCUGUAG